AUGGUGAAACCACUUGUUCUGCUAUCGUUGCUAGCCUACGCUCAAGCUUAUGUGAAGUUGGACUUCACCAAGACCCCAGGCAGUGAUUUGGCCAAGAGAGAUGUCGUCGACCCUGAAGCCGCUCAAUUAACCUUCGACAAGGACCAAUACAUUGUCGAAGUUGCCGUUGGUACUCCUCCUCAGAAGGUCUUGCUACAAAUCGACACCGGUUCUUCUGACUUGUUCGUCAUUGAGGAAUCUAACCCAUACUGUAAGAACAACAAGAACAAGGCUCCAAAGAAGAAGGACUUGGAAAGCCCAGGUGACGAUUACCCAAGGACUCCAAACCAAGUUCCAAAGUCUGACAGAACAUUAGACUGUAAGAAGUACGGCUUCUACAACCGUAACGAAUCUUCUACAUUCAAUUCUAACGGUACCGACUUGUUCAUCACCUAUGGUGACAAUGGUUUCGUUAGAGGUACCUGGGGUACCGACUCUGUCAGUGUCGGUAACCUGAACUUGAGCAAUUUGAGCAUUGGUGUUAGUCCAAUGACCAACACCAGUACCGGUAUCCUAGGUGUUGGUUUGCCAGGAGAAGAAUCUACUUUCAACUAUUCUUCUAAUGUCACUGGUCCAAGCAACUACCAGUACUCCAACUUCCCAAUUAGAUUAAAGGAGGAAGGUUUGAUUGAGAAGAUUGCUUACUCUAUUUACUUGAAUGAGACCGGCUCUAAGUAUGGUUCCAUUCUUUUCGGUGCUGUUGACCACAGCAAGUACCAAGGUCCUUUGUACACCUUCCCAUUGGUUAACUCCAAAUACAAGGAAGGCAGUGACCCUUUCCAAUUUGAGAUCACCAUGAAUGGUGUAGGUUUGGUUGGUAAGACUGACAACAUCACUUUGUAUGAUCAAAAAUUGCCAACUUUGCUUGACUCUGGUAGUACUAUUUCUUUGUUGCCAAGGGAUGUUGCUGAUCUUGUGGCCCAACAAGUCAAUGGUACAGUCGAUGGUAAGGGUAACUGUAUCAAACUUCCAAAAUGUCCAAGCAAGAAGGACAACCAAAAGUUGAUCUUCAACUUUAGUGGUGCUGAGUUUUCCGUAAAUGUGACUGAUUUCAUGGAAAAGCACAAGGGUAAGUGUUACCUACAAUUCUCUGCCCUUGAUGGUAUUAACUUCGCUCUUCUUGGUGACAACUUCAUGAACAAUGUCUACACUGUCUUCAACUUGGAUGACAAGGAACUUUCAUUGGCUCAAGCUAACUACAAUUCAUCUCUGAAACCAGAUAUUGAAGAAAUCAAGGAUACUGUCCCUAGCGCUGUGCUGGCUCCACAAUACUACAACACAUUCUCAGCUGACCCAACUGCCACUGCAGUCACUGGUAACAUCUUUGCACCAGAGGCCACUAUGUCCAUGGCUGCUCCAGCUAAUGCUUCUAGAAACUCUUCAUUAAACUCUACUUUCAACUCAUCUUCUAACUACUCCAGAGUACAAAUGAAGAAAAGAACAUACCCAAACAGCAGUUCUUCAUUGCAAGCCAACUCUGCCAUACUCAUUAUGAUCGCAGCUGCCAUCACCGCCAUGUUCUUAUAG